AUGGAGACAUGGAGAAAGACGUACAGACCAGAACUGGCAAAGCUGCAGGAGUCUUCCAAUGACUCCGGUACAUCUGGUCGUCGAAAUCCAUCACCACGGCCACAAAGCUACGCCUCUAUUUGUCAGUGGUCAUCCCUACAGCGACAUACGCCUGUGAGACGUAGGCGAAGACAGCCAGCAUCACCAACAAGUUGGAUGUCUUCCAUCGACGGUGCCUCAGAUCCAUCUUAA